AUGGUUUGUGACGCAUGUGGGAGAGAUGUAAAAGGGUUCGUGUAUCAAAUCAUCUCCUCCGAUGGUGAUCCCUAUCACAUGCAUCCUAAUUGUGCAGAACUCCCACAUACUUUACAAGGUGAAGGGGUGAAGCUGGAGCUGAAAAAAAAGGUAAAAUCCAAGUGCCUAAAAUGCAAAAACAAGAAUUAUGCAAAUAAAACUCCAAAGGGAUGGGCUUAUGUUUCCAGUUGUGAGAAAUAUAGUUUUCAUGUGGCAUGUGUUAAAGAGAUGAUUUAUGAGGCUCGGGAAAGAAGUCAUUUCAAUAAUAAUCAAGUCGUUGAUGCAACCGACUUAAGUGGCUUGGCAUUGCAAAAUAUGGUUCCCAGCAAUCAAAUUUGGGAGAAAGCCUUGAAAUAUUUGAAGAUGGUGGCAUCGACUCUGAAGAUCAUAGUCUCGGCCAUUUUAGGAGAUCUAGUCACUGCAUUGACAGGUCUAGUUCAAUCACUGCCUUCAAAUUGA